CACUCCUAAACAAAAUGGCUGACAUGAUGUCUCUCCUACCCCAUUUCGUAUUAGAGAGAAUAUUCAUAUACACCAGUUUUAAAGACCUCAUAAGAUGUAGUAUGGUAUGUAAGAAGUGGUACAGUCUCCUCAGCGACGAGGACUCCGUCAUUUGGCGAGCCAAAUUCGAAGACGCGGGCACAAGACAUUUCAGAAACUCAAAACACCUCUCAGAGCUACAGACCUUUAGAUCCAAAGCCCUCGCUUAUGAGUGCGCCUGGAACGGACAGGACGCUUCCAAGAACAUAUACAUCAAGGACGACUGCCUAACUCUACAUAGAAAACCAGUGGCCCAAUCAUCAGACGGUAUAAGAGGAAAGACAGGGUUUCUAAGAGGACAGCAUUACUUUGUCGUCAUAUUUCAAGGUCCUAGUUUCGGCUCUGCGGCUCUAGUGGGCGUGUGUACAAAAGAUGCUCCAAUGCAGAAGGGUGGGUAUGUACCAUUACUGGGUAAUAAUGAACACGGUUGGGCCUGGGACCUCUCACAAAAGAAGUUGAAACAUGACGGGGAGGUGUUAGAAGAAUCAAUUGAAGUUGACGUAAAAAUAAAGGACAAGAUAGGGAUGAUGCUUGACAUGGAAACCGGUCGACUAGAAUUCGACAUAAACGGAGAAUUUAUAAACGUAGCAAUAACAAAUCUACCACGGGAUAAGCCACUCUAUCCCUCAGCAUCAGCAGUGUAUGGGAAUAGUGAGAUAACACUCAUUUAUUAUGGGAAACCAGUAGUGGGCUAGGGAGCUUAUUAGUGACUGGUAUAGUAGUACAAAGA